GAUAUCUGCAUGACUAUCAUCAUGUGAGAACGGAAACCGCAAUGUUGUUGAUAGUGCAAGGGUCCAUAUAAUAAGGAAAUGGGGUGUUGUUUUAGUUCCGAUGAAGACAAAGUAGAAACAAAUGUAAGUUUUAUUUUUAAUAAUGAUAAAUUAAAAUGAGAGAGCUUUUCUUUGCAAAGUCUCAUACUCAUACUUCGCAACUCAUCAAAUUAUCAUUCGUGACACUAACACUAGUAACACUCUUCAGUUCACUCUACUCUGUCUAACUAACACAAAUCAAAUCAUAAAUUAAAUAAAAUGAUUGAGUGAGAUUGUAUUUUAAUUUUUGUAAUCAGAUUGUAUUAUGAUUUUAUUGUCAUUGACAAUUGUAGAUACUUGGACAAAGUUUUCAAAAUGAAGUUAUAGCCUUAAAGCCAGCCCCUGCCCCUAGUUAUUUAGAUAGUGAUAUGAUAGGGCCUUGAAUUUGAAAUUGAAUGGCUUGAAAAAUAAACAAUUGAUUAUCAAUACCGAAUUCUAAAGAAAGCUUUGACUUAAUGUUUGAUUUUGAUGAUUUUUUGCGUGAAUUAUUUUGGAAAUAACUCAUCUCAUAAUUCAAUUAAUUGAGAAAUAUUAACAAUAUUAGUAAACUAUAAAAUUGAAUAAAAUAAAUCUAGGUAGAGACUUUUCCUCGAGCUUUAACUUUAAUAAAUAAUGUUAUCCAGCGAGGCAGAGGGUAAAAGUGUAGUUAGCGACAUGGGUUUUGGCAAGAGUUGUCUUACCCUAAGCACUGUGAUGUCCUUUGGGGAAUCCUGACACUGGAUUUAGUGUUCAUAUAAUAUAUACCAAUCCGGGACAAGACUUAUUGGACGGCCACGCCUGAGAUUUAUGGACAUUUGGGUGAUUUGUUAAAGGAGCAUGAGAGAAGCCAACAUUGAAACAACAAAUGUGAGAUCAUUGCCGAACAACGUACCAGCUGGCAAAUAGCAGUGUAUGAAGGAGUCAAAAAGGCAGAAGACGCAGGAAACGGAGCCCUUGCAACUAAAAGAUCAAUACGGAAGGCCAAAUCUAACCAGGAAUCAAUAUUCUCCUGUGAGAAAUGCAGUCGAGAUUGUCAUUCCAGGAUUGGCCUAGUGAGCCACUCGUCGAAGUGUAGCCCUAAAUAGCUACUCCAUCGUCUCGCGAAGACGGAAGGAUGCCAUAUAUAUAUAUAAAAUAUAUACGGUGGUGAUCUGACUUAUGUUUUACUAGUGAGAGGUAUCUCUCGUAUGAGAUCUCUUGGCACUCUGUUUAGGGAUUCGUUUAAUUAAGCCAAAUUACCACACAGACAUAAUAACCUAUUUAUAUACAUAUAGACUGAAACAAAGUCUUUGUUAAAGGAGAAAAUAAUUACAAGUAUUUAUUGAAUAAGGGUAUUUACAAUUUACUUCGUAGUGCACUCUUGAUGAAUAAUAUAUAAACAAAAAAGGGAUAUAAUAAAAUUAUAAAGCUGUAUCAAUGAAAUACAAGUGUCCCUAACGUACUGACAGUGUUAUCAUUAUUAUUGUUAUAUUUGCUCAAGGUUUUAUGUUCAAUCGUUGUUGACUUAGCCUUUAUAGUUGCACUGAUGAUCUUGGUAGAUCACAAAGUGUGGGAGUUCCUUCUGUUCCAGAAGCGUGUCCUCUGUUCCGAUCUUCAAAGCUUUCCAAGCAUAGCCAAGAUGGAGUUCCGGGUCGUAGAAUCCGUGGGAUCUCUGCGAUGGCGAAGUUGACUCUCCAGCGAUAAAUCGUGGGUGGUAAGAGUCCCUGGAUCUCGAGGUCCUUCAAGUAGCCGUACGUCGGUCCAGUAAGAAUAAACCAGGCUAAAGGCAAAAUGAUACAAAAUAGAUAAGUAUCUAGGCGAAUAGUCAUAAGCUGACAAAUCCUGUUACAACAGCAACAAAUUCAGAUCGAUGUAUGGAGGGUGACAUAGCCUGUACAUAUACAUCCAAUGUGUGGAUAGAUUUAUAAGUCAUUGUCGGCAUAAGCAUAUGUUGCUUUGUAACAAUGUUGGACCAAGUAUGCAUUUUAAUUAAAGUAUGAGACAUUGAAUCAUUGACAACCAUUAAAUUUAUAGGUACAUAGCAUACAUAUUGUCAUUUUGUUAAAAGAUACAUGGGGCGAGUUGGAACAGCAACCUACCAUCUCUAUGAUGGGAUGGUGGUGUGUUGUAGCCCGCGGCAAAGGCAAUGUUAGAAUACAUAAUAAAUAUCAAUUACCAUUGAAUCCUUGCUACAUAAUUAUAUGAAAAUUACAAGUGCAAUAAUAAAAUAUCAAAAUCAUGGUUGCGUACUUACUAGUAUUCUAGGUUGCAGUUAAAUGAUCACACUAAUGAAGUCCUAAGUCUAGUUACCUUCAGCGUUCACUGUCUAGUGAUAAGAUCAUAAAAGACAGAUUCUGAUCUGCUCUUGCUAUUUAUUCAAGUUGGGUGAUGAUUUUGAUUGGGUGGUUUAAAUAUUGUUUGUUCUCCCAUCCAAUGAUAAUCACUUUUAAUGUUGCGGGUUUGACUUUCUACCCACAAAGUUUAUCGGGUAGAAGGGGUGAAUACAAAAAUCACACUUUUCAUGAGCUGUCGCGCGUCUGAAUGCGAUAACACCAAGGGAAAUCACUCGGGUAUCCUACUGAAGGGCAAAACAGUGAGAAGAAGGGGUAUUAUUUUACCUGGGCGGGUUUACGGUGGAAGAAUUGGACAAUGACCAGCCUCAAACCAUCCCAUCUACCAAUAGUUGGUCCUGAACAAUGUUUAUGAUAACUUUCUCGUUCUUCACUAAACAUUCUUUUGGAGCUUUGCAUACAUUGCACAUGACAACCCUAUUAUUUGUAUUGUUCACGUUUUGGCAUUUUUUUUAUAUUUUUUUAAAAAACUAAAUAAGUGCAUGAAUCUUUAUAAAUUUGAAAUCCAUGUAAAAGUGAUAUGAGAUGUUGAUCAAGUAAUUGAUCAGUCUACUUGUUAGAGUUUACUUUAUGAUUUAAGUGCAACAAAAAUGAUCCCACCACCUGUGUAAAGAGACAUUAAAUUACAUCACCACCUGUGUAAAGAGACAUUAAAUUACAUCACCACCUGUGUAAAGAGACAUUAAAUUACAUUACCACCUGUGUAAAGAGACAUUAAAUUACAUUACCACCUGUGUAAAGAGACAUUAAAUUACAUCACCAACUGUGUAAAGAGACAUUAAAUUACAUUACCACCUGUGUAAAGAGACAUUAAAUUACAUCACCACCUGUGUAAAGAGACAUUAAAUUACAUCACCACCUGUGUAAAGAGACAUUAAAUUACAUCACCACCUGUGUAAAGAGACAUUAAAUUACAUCACCACCUGUGUAAAGAGACAUUAAAUUACAUCACCACCUGUGUAAAGAGACAUUAAAUUACAUCACCACCUGUGUAAAGAGACAUUAAAUUACAUCAUCACCUGUGUAAAGAGACAUUAAAUUACAUCACCAACUGUGUAAAGAGACAUUAAAUUACAUCACCACCUGUGUAAAGAGACAUUAAAUUACAUCACCACCUGUGUAAAGAGACAUUAAAUUACAUCACCACCUGUGUAAAGAGACAUUAAAUUACAUUACCACCUGUGUAAAGAGACAUUAAAUUACAUCACCACCUGUGUAAAGAGACAUUAAAUUACAUCAUCACCUGUGUAAAGAGACAUUAAAUUACAUCACCACCUGUGUAAAGAGACAUUAAAUUACAUCACCACCUGUGUAAAGAGACAUUAAAUUACAUCACCACCUGUGUAAAGAGACAUUAAAUUACAUUACCACCUGUGUAAAGAGACAUUAAAUUACAUCACCACCUGUGUAAAGAGACAUUAAAUUACAUCACCACCUGUGUAAAGAGACAUUAAAUUACAUCACCACCUGUGUAAAGAGACAUUAAAUUACAUCACCACCUGUGUAAAGAGACAUUAAAUUACAUCACCACCUGUGUAAAGAGACAUUAAAUUACAUCACCACCUGUGUAAAGAGACAUUAAAUUACAUCACCACCUGUGUAAAGAGACAUUAAAUUACAUCACCACCUGUGUAAAGAGACAUUAAAUUACAUCACCACCUGUGUAAAGAGACAUUAAAUUACAUCACCACCUGUGUAAAGAGACAUUAAAUUACAUCACCACCUGUGUAAAGAGACAUUAAAUUACAUCACCACCUGUGUAAAGAGACAUUAAAUUACAUCACCACCUGUGUAAAGAGACAUUAAAUUACAUCACCACCUGUGUAAAGAGACAUUAAAUUACAUCACCACCUGUGUAAAGAGACAUUAAAUUACAUCACCACCUGUGUAAAGAGACAUUAAAUUACAUCACCACCUGUGUAAAGAGACAUUAAAUUACAUCACCACCUGUGUAAAGAGACAUUAAAUUACAUCACCACCUGUGUAAAGAGACAUUAAAUUACAUCACCACCUGUGUAAAGAGACAUUAAAUUACAUCACCACCUGUGUAAAGAGACAUUAAAUUACAUCACCACCUGUGUAAAGAGACAUUAAAUUACAUCACCACCUGUGUAAAGAGACAUUAAAUUACAUCACCACCUGUGUAAAGAGACAUUAAAUUACAUCACCACCUGUGUAAAGAGACAUUAAAUUACAUCACCACCUGUGUAAAGAGACAUUAAAUUACAUCACCACCUGUGUAAAGAGACAUUAAAUUACAUCACCACCUGUGUAAAGAGACAUUAAAUUACAUCACCACCUGUGUAAAGAGACAUUAAAUUACAUCACCACCUGUGUAAAGAGACAUUAAAUUACAUCACCACCUGUGUAAAGAGACAUUAAAUUACAUCACCACCUGUGUAAAGAGACAUUAAAUUACAUCACCACCUGUGUAAAGAGACAUUAAAUUACAUCACCACCUGUGUAAAGAGACAUUAAAUUACAUCACCACCUGUGUAAAGAGACAUUAAAUUACAUUACCACCUGUGUAAAGAGACAUUAAAUUACAUUACCACCUGUGUAAAGAGACAUUAAAUUACAUUACCACCUGUGUAAAGAGACAUAAAAUUACAUUACCACCUGUGUAAAGAGACAUUAAAUUACAUUACCACCUGUGUAAAGAGACAUUAAAUUACAUUACCACCUGUGUAAAGAGACAUUAAAUUACAUUACCAUCUGUGUAAAGAGACAUUAAAUUACAUUACCACCUGUGUAAAGAGACAUUAAAUUACAUUACCACCUGUGUAAAGAGACAAUAAAUUACAUUACCACCUGUGUAAAGAGACAUUAAAUUACAUUACCACCUGUGUAAAGAGACAUUAAAUUACAUUACCACCUGUUUAAAGAGACAUUAAAUUACAUUACCACCUGUGUAAAGAGACAUUAAAUUACAUUACCACCUGUGUAAAGAGACAUUAAAUUACAUUACCACCUGUGUAAAGAGACAUUAAAUUACAUUACCACCUGUGUAAAGAGACAUUAAAUUACAUUACCACCUGUGUAAAGAGACAUUAAAUUACAUUACCACCUGUGUAAAGAGACAUUAAAUUACAUUACCACCUGUGUAAGGAGACAUUAAAUAACAUUACCACCUGUGUAAGGAGACAUUAAAUUACAUUACCACCUGUGUAAAGAGACAUUAAAUUACAUUACCACCUGUGUAAAGAGACAUUAAAUUACAUUACCACCUGUGUAAAGAGACAUUAAAUUACAUUACCACCUGUGUAAAGAGACAUUAAAUUACAUUACCACCUGUGUAAAGAGACAUUAAAUUACAUUACCACCUGUGUAAAGAGACAUUAAAUUACAUUACCACCUGUGUAAAGAGACAUUAAAUUACAUUACCACCUGUGUAAAGAGACAUUAAAUUACAUUACCACCUGUGUAAAGAGACUUUCUGUUUGUAUCCCAACUCUUAAAAUUAUUUUUAGAGUCUUUAUUUUAUAAGUGUGUGUGUUGAUUUGUUUUGUUAUUUGUUUUAAUUUUAAUGUGCUGAUAGGCUUUUAGACCAAAUUUUCAACCCUGUGUUUCGUCUUUGUAUCUUGUCCCUUUUUAAAAAUAAUUGUCUGGAUCUUUCAUUCACAGAUAGAUUAUACUCCUACCUUUUUCUUUUAUAUCCUUAUUACCUUAGAUAUCAACAUUUAUCCUUCCUGAUCGUAUCUAAUGCAUUUUCAGAUGCCCAAAAGACAGUAUGAUAAUGCUAUUUUUUUGUAAAUAAUUUUUAUGUUCUAUUUCAAUGUGAGAUCAUGUUGUAUACUGAUAAAUUGUAUGUUUGAUAAAUCUUAUUAUAUCUGUAUCCUAAUUUACAACAAAUACCUUGUUAUGCAAAAAUAUUGUUUGCUUGUUUAAAUAUGUGCCAUUAGCUCAGGCUUUAUAAGUCUCACAUCAUUGUCUUCAAUUUUAAAUAUAUAAUCUUUUUCUUUUGAAAACAUCAUGUAUUUUUUUUACAUUGUAUAUUUUUUACUUCUUUUUUUAAUAGUCAGGUUAUAUAAGCAAUUUGAGAUUUAUAAAUUAUUUAAAACCGUAGUAUUUGUAUUCAUUUUUUUUAUUUGCUACCCAUCAAUAGUAUUAGUAUUAGACUAUAUUACAUUAUUAUCAAAAUAUAUCAACUAGAUAUUUUCAUAGACUGCCGAACAUCCAUUGUCAAAAAAUCAUGUGUUUCUUGACAUUCCCAAAGAUGGUGAACAUCUGGGUCAAAUUACAAUCGAAUUAUAUUCAGAUAUUCCAAAAACUUCAGAAAAUUUUUGGAACUCUCUGUACAGGAGAGAACGGUUUUGUCCAUAUUUCAUCGUAUUAUACUUGGAUUUAUUUGCCAGGGAGGUGACUUCACAAAUCGCAGUGGUACAGGUGGCAGAAGUAUUUAUGGUACUAAAUUCCUAGGAUAAAACUUCAAGUAUAAACACACUGCACCAGGAAUUUUAUCAGUAGCAAAUACUUAUACUUACAUAUGCCUUUUACCCCAUUCUUCUACUAGAAUUCUCCAUUCAUCUCUGUCCUGUGCUUUCCUUUCCAGUUUUUACCAGGUGUAUCCCAUACUUGUAUAUUUGGCUCUAGCUGACAUCUCCAUAUAUUCUUAAGCCCCCCUCUCUCUUUUUCCCAGUGGAUUCCACGUUAGGGAUUUCUGGUGAUGUUAUCUGGGGAUUUAUGAAGAGUGUGCCCUAUCCACCUCCAUCUUUUCUUUAUGAUGUCUUCAGCAAUAUGCUUCUGGUAUGUCCUUUCCAUUAAGUCUUUGUUGAUGAUGGUGUUAAGCCAUUUGAUGUUGAGGAUCUUUCUAAGGCAAAUAAUUAUGAAGGUCUGUACUUUCUGCAUAAUGCUCGCUGCUGUUCUCCAAGUUUUGGCUCCUUAAAGUAGGACAGUUUUUAUAUUUGUGUUAAAAAUUCUGACAUUGGUUUGCUGAGUAUUUUAGUCAAUAACACAAAUGCUGGCCAGAUCUUUCCAAUUGUAUAUUCAGAACCACGAUUAUUUCAAUGGUGCUGCUUAAGUAUGUGAAGGCCUCCACUUCUUCCAGUGCAUUUCCUGCCAGAGAGAUAUGCCCUUGGUUGGCUGAGUUUACCUUCAUGAGCUUUGUCUUUUAAUCUGUGUGCAUAUUUUUCAGCAUUGUUAUCAUAGAAUGUGAUUUGGUUUUGAGUAAAUGUGCUUGCAGCCAAAGUCAAUGCUUGUCAGUUUUUGUUUAAUACUCUGAAAAUAAACUAGAUUAUAAAUAAGGUUUUAAAAUUUAAUAAUUUUUUUUAAGCUUUUAUUAUUUGUAAAGAAAAAAGUUAUUUUAUGUAUAGCUUUUUUUUUUUACAUAGAUUAAAAAUGAUUUAAUUUUAGGGUGAUUAAUUUCAACUUCCAUAUUUGUUUUUUUUUUUUUUUAAAGCAAUUUCCCUUUGAUGCAUUUGUUUUUAUGGGCACUUGAUGCCAGGCAUUCGUUAGAAGAGUCACAUUGGUAGAUGGAUCAUAGUCUUUAGAUGAAUCGUGUUCGUUAGAUGAGACAAUCCAAAUUAAAAUCACAGUAGUAGAAUUAAAAGAAAUGGUUUUCACCUACUAUUUUUAGACAGUGAUUUGAUUUAGGUGUCAUGUCUUUGUUUUAAAAUUAAAUCCUAAACACUGAUAAAGUUUAGUUAUGUAAACAAUUUUAAAUUAUGUGCAAGAAAUUCAUAUUGCAUAUCCCGUUUGUCCAAGCGGCAUUUGUAUAUAAUGCCUCUCAAAUGUUAGUUUAAAAAAAAAUUAUAUUGCAGUAAUCUAGGCUGGUAAUGUUAAGAGUGAAGGUUCAACACAGAGAAUAAUAUAAUAUAUUUGUAACAAUAAGUUAUAAAUCCAGCUUUUAAUUUAACAUAUAUAAAUUAAUGAUAUAUUAUGGUCAAACUAUAUUAUAAUUUUAAAAAUGCAUUUAUCUUUGAACAACUGGGAUUACUAUUGUCAUUGUUGCAUCUUAAACAACUAACCGAUUUGUAAUACCGGAUUUCAUAUUAGCAACUUAAUUUAUAUUCUAUAGUGCCAGUUUUUAUUUUUGAAAACUUUAAUGUCUUUCCUUUUUGACCUGCGCCUUUGGGGGUGAAAAAAAUUAUAUCAAAUUAUUUAUUUUCAGAUUCAAAAUCCUAAUGAGAGGACACCAUUAUUGUAUCCACAACCAGGUGAACAACAAAAUCAGGGGUAAGAAUGCAGCAAAAUAUCAUUAUAAAAGUUUGAUUUAACCAUACUACCAAUAAACAUAAAUGUUUGUGCAAUCUAUUAUAAAAAAAAAUACCAAAGCAUAGUGAUUCACACAAUGCUGCUUUCAUUUUUUAUAAAUUAUAUUUCCAUGAGGCAACAAAAUGGUUUACACUUGCACAUCCAUGUCAUCAUUUACAAUGCAAACUUACUGCUGUGCGAUUUAAAAUUUGGCUUUGAAAUAGCCAAGAUGUUUCCCUUAAAUUUGAUAAUUAGUAAGGGGAAGAGUCUGCAAUGAGGUUAGAUAGAAGAAAAUGAGUGAAAUAAGGUAUGGGAAAACAUAAAAAAAGGACUCAAAAUAACAAUGAUACUAAAUUGAAGCAAAGUGUUUAUUUUAAUUAUUUAUAUUUGUGUUUCUUUUGUUUGUUCACCAAAGAAGGUUUCUUGCCGACAUGUUCAUUGUUUUGAUGCAUCCUUUUUUUUUCAGGUUUUCCAUACCAGUACCUUGUUUCACUUAUUUCCUACACUUUAUAUAUGGUACCGGUACCUGGUAUUUUAAUUUCUGAGGGCAGAUAGAUGAUUUUUCACCCCAUGACUAUUCAAAAUGAACUUCCCUUCAUUUCAAUAAGCUAUUCUUCAAUAAAAUAGUUGUUGAACGUAGAAUAUUUAAAAUUAUGUUAAUACAUAUUUCCUCUUUUAUCCAGAGGUCGAUCAGGACCAAUUUAUUCACAGCAGAACCAGACAGGAGAUGAACAGUCAGAAUUUACAAGAAUAUUAAGGCAGACAGCAAUGUACGUGAAAUUAAAACAUUUCUGCACUAACAGAUGUUAUUUUUUUUUUUUACACAACCUUAUUACCAAAUCCCCUGGUAUCAUCUGCUAAUUAUAAGAGUGUCUAAUUAAUCUACUUUAUACCAUCUGCUAAUUAUAAGAGUGUCUAAUUAAUCUACUUUAUACCAUCUGCUAAUUAUAAGAGUGUCUAAUUAAUCUACUUUAUACCAUCUGCUAAUUAUAAGAGUGUCUAAUUAAUCUACUUUAUACCAUCUGCUAAUUAUAAGAGUGUCUAAUUAAUCUACUUUAUACCAUCUGCUAAUUAUAAGGAGUGCCUAAUUAAUCUACUUUAUACCAUCUGCUAAUUAUAAGGAGUGCCUAAUUAAUCUACUUUAUACCAUCUGCUAAUUAUAAGAGUGUCUAAUUAAUCUACUUUAUAAAAUCUGCUAAUUAUAAGAGUGUCUAAUUAAUCUACUUUGUACCAUCAGCUAUAAGAUUGUCUAAUUAAUUUACUUGGUACCAUCAGGAAUGAGUUAAGACUUGGAAGACAUUUCAAAAAGCAACUUAAUGAACAGAUGAUAUGAAAAUAAAAGCUGUGACUUUUCUUCUAUUGCCUUUUAUUGUUAAUCAUUUUCAGAAAUGUCAUAGAUGUCACUUCAACUGAGUCACAUAACAUAGAGCAGGGAGAUAUGCAAGACAGAGCUACACAGUAUAGGUAUUUAUAUACACAAGUUUAGUGGGAGAUAUGCAAGACAGAGCUACACAGUUUAUGUAUUUAUAGACUCAAGUUUAGUGGGAGAUAUGCAAGACAGAGCUACACAGUUUAUGUAUUUAUAGACUCAAGUUUAGUGGGAGAUAUGCAAGACAGAGCUACACAGUAUAGGUAUUUAUAUUGGGAGAUGUGCAAAUUCUGUACCGGUAUUUAAAAUGUCUUGUGGAAAUGUUUUCAUUUCAAGCUCUAAAUCUAAACACUCAUGUUGAAUCUGAAGUUAUUUUCACUCCCCUUUAGUCUAUUUGAUUGGAACCAUGUUUUUAAGGACAAUUUUUCAAACAACUUCCCCACAUCCUGUAUAGUUGGUAGAGUGUUUGUUCAAAAUUAAAUACAGAUCAUUCAUAUAAAAAAUUCAAAAUACCUUUUGAAUAGUAUUAGUAUGAGAUGUUAUGCACUUUUAAGACCAUGUGAACAUUGACAACUUGGCAUAGUUUAUGAAGGUUAUAGGAAAAGAAAAGAUUAUUUUUUUACCCAAGGCAGUAACAAUGAAUGAGAAAUAAUAAUGUUGGUCAUAAUUUAUUAUAAAUUUAUUGAUACCCCGGUACUUAUGGGUAAAACCAAGCAAAUUAUUUUAGAAUUUUAUCAGGAUUAAAUUUUAUUCAAACAUUGUAAUUUUUCUGUGUUUUUUUUUCCUUUUAAUAUUUUUUUGGGUUGUAUAUUAAAUUAUAUUUGUGGUUUUCCAGCAAUCGGUUGAAUAUGGUGCUUCAAGGAUCAGGAAAGUCAAGAGUGUACAGACCUAAUCUGCCUACUGGAAUAACAUCACCACAGAUGACAUUAGCAGCUGCCCCUAUUUCAAUAUCAGAUGUUCAAUUAGUAAGUAACACUGCACAGCUUAGUAUUGAAAAUAAUGCACAAAUUUAAUUUUUUUUUCUAUGGUAUAUAUAAUUUUUAAUAAUUUAUAGUUGCUCUAACACAUUGUCACCUCAUUUACAACAUCGUCAAUUUCCAAUUUUUCAAGAUCUUUUCAAAUUUUUAUGAGCCUUCCUUGCAUCUUUCCCUUAGUUAGCAUUCAUUAUAAAGUGUUUUAGCUAUAUUUUGCUGAGACAGGCAUAGCAUGUGCAGAAUAAUUUACAGACAUUUGUGGGAAGUGUAGUACAGACAAAAUAAGAUAAGAUGCUUUUAUUGAUUCAAAUAAAUGAAAAAAUGUUUCUUUAAAUUGGUUUUUAGACUAGGGAUCCAGUGAACAAUUGUAUGGUGAGAAUAGAGAAUAGCUGUUAAUUCUUCAGUGUACAUAGACAUUUUGAACAGAGUAAUUUUCUGCUUUCUAUGCACAAGGUCCUCUGCCAGCCCCUCUUUAACAUUCACACCUGGACUGCUUUCAUAAAUUAGCUAACUAUCAUCAGGGAUUCUCACCUUGCCAAUAUCAGUCCAAAAAAUAUAAACACAUUUACUGCUUCUUAUUCCGAAAAAAAAAAAAAUUCUUAAAAACUUCAAAACUAUUUACAAAAGCUAAAAAGAAUCAAUACAGAUGCUAUCGAGUGGCCUGCAGAGUGUUGCCCAGGGAGUAGAUGUAUAUGCCUUUAUUAAUACUUUCUCAUUUGGCAAGGCCUUAAACAGGGUGAAGUUAGUUUUAGUAUGGGCAGUGGUCUUAACCCUAACACUCAAGUCUACCAUUCUCUCGGUUUUCUUGUCUACCGAUUUCCUUUUGAAGAUUUGUUCCCAGCUUGUCAACAUCUUCAAAGUCUUCCGUUUAAUUGUGCCAUUUUUUUUUCGGUAGAUAGGAUAUCUCCAUGCCUGAACAUUUGCAUGUCAUUUUCUAACUGUGGCUUGUGCUCACAUGAACAGUGGUUUGUGCUCACAUCACACAAUAUGUUCUAAUCUAUUUUUAACAUUGUUUUGUAAACAAGUUAAGUAAUGUAUGGUUAUUUUAUUAUUUUCCUUUUCUUUUUAGUCUUGGAGAUUUCACAUCAAAGAAAUAUUAACUUAAGUGGAAUCUUUUGUUUUUUACCAAUUUGUUUUCAGAUUAACAAGAAAAAUGUUUUGGACCAAGCUAGUUUGGGGGGGGGGGGGGGGGGGGGGGGGGAACGCCCCCCCCCCCCCCCCCCCCCAUAAAAUGUAUAAAAUUUAGGAAGGAAUGUUAUGGAAAACAUUGGUGAUAAUCUUUACUAUUUGUCUCCAUUUACAGAUCACAAGUGUUAGUGAAAAGUUAGCAAAUGCUGCAAGAGAGAUAAAAAUUCAACACAAAGAGAGUUUAGUUGUUACUUUUGGAGUGCCAUGACAUGCUGAAAACUGUUAAUAAAUUUUAAAGUGUGAGAGUUGUUUUUUUUCUAAACUGUACAUAAAGGUAUGCAUGCUUUUAAAUACUGGACAAAUGUUUUUAAUAAAAUAUAAUUAUGCUUUACUAUGUAAGGUGACACAUUUAGUCUUUCAAUAUAUAGAACCCCAUAAACUCUUAGUGUUAUCUAAGUCAAAAUUGUGUUUAGUUUAUCAUCUCCUUAACAUUUUCAAAAAAGAAAAAAAGCAUGUAAUGGCUAGAAUUAAAAUUUAAGGAACUCUAUAAUUUAAUUAAUUUAGUUUAUUGUACUUUAAAAUUGCAAUUACUGUUAUCCAGCAAUUGGUCAUAAGUAAUCUAUGUUAUCCAGCAAUUGUUCCUAAGUAAUCGAAUAAGUGGUAUUCUUAAGUUAAAUUUCAUGAACAGAAUGUCAGUGUUCAGGUAGCUGCAUGAUGUUUGCUUCAUUUGUUGAUCAUAUUUAAUGAAAUUUUGUAUGCACAGUUUUUUUUUUAUUUGAAAUCAAUUUUAAUUCAAUUGUUUUAUUUUUCACUUAUAAAUGAAUUGAAAUGUGUUAUUAAAAAUUUGUCUGUAAAAAAAUUAGAAAUCUUUAUAAAUUUAUGGUUAUUUCGAUGGCAAAAUUAAAGACCAGAGUAGUUAUCCAUCAAGAUGAACUAAGAGUAAGAGUAGUUGUCUAUCAAGAUGAACUUACUAGGGAUAAGAAGAAGCCCCUAAUAUUUUGUUUCUGUUUUUUUUUUUUUUUAGCACAUAGAAUAUUUUCUUUACUUCCUUUUUUUUUUAUUAUUUCCCAGUUUGCAUUUUUUAAGAAGAAGCCCCUAAUAUUUUGUUUCUGUUUUUUUUUUUUUUUUUAGCACAUAGAAUAUUUUCUUUACUUCCAUUUUUUUUGAUUAUUGCCCAGAUUGCAUUUUUUCUCUCCAACAUUAUACCGGUACUUACACUGUGAUGCUAAACAUAAUAUUAUCGUUAUUAAUCAUCACCAUCAGGAGAAUAGAAAGAAAAUGCUACAUAUUAUAACUUUAUGAUAAAUUGUUUUUACAAAAAUAAACAUGGUAAAAAAUAUUUUAAUGAACCACCAAACUCUUAUUUAAUUGUGAUUCUAGUAAUACUGCCCUAGCAAGGUGAGGCCUGUGCACUCCAUGUUUAAAUACAAUCCAAAUUCUAGAGAAUAUAAGGUCCUGGACUGAGGAUUUGUUUUACUUUUACUUUUAGUCACUGUUUAUUAACCAGUAUCACUUAAGUUUUUUUUUGGUUUCAUAAAUCAUAUUUUAAAAUAAAAAAGAUACGGGCAGUCCUAACAUGAAUAGACACAUUUUAAUUCUCUUAAUAUGUGCUUGAAGUUCCAAUACCAAAAGAAAAGAGCUUAACAUCUUUUCAAAUUAAAGAACUUAAGGUGUCAUGAAGGUAAAUAUUUAAGGUGCGAGAAAAAAAUUCUAUUACUAUUACUAUUAGUUGUAUUAGGUUCAAUAUCUUAAGGAAAAAAAAACACUUGUAAUCCUUUUUUUUAAAUUAUUCCACUCUGCUAAGUUGGUGAAAAAUAAGUACCGUAGGUGAAAGAUAACCUCAGUGAAAUGAGUUAGUUCAAAAUAAUGUAAAGCAAAAGCAUUAUUCCCAGCGGACUGGAUAAUAAUAAUAGUGCUAUCAUAAUAAAACUCUUUUAAAAAAAUAUAAUUAUAAUUGAGUAUUGAGCUACAUUCUUAUUUGUUUGGUGUAAACCCAUUUUCAGCUUGGGAAUAAAUAGUUUAUGCAGAGUAGAGUGGACUAGGAAUAACAUUGAGGGCUAUAGAGCCUAUUUAGUAGUGGUCUGAUGCCUUAUAAUUUGAGCCGCACUUUUGUGAUAAUACUAAUAGUCUGUUACUGUUAGCUACACCUAUUAAAAAAUCAGCAAGAGAUCAAUAGCUGAUACAUUUAUCUUUUAAUUUUAAGUUACCGGUAAUGGUUUGGUUUUAUUAACAAAGAUGUUUUUUCUAUACCGGUACUUAGUCUUUUUUACUUUCAUUAUUAACUUUCAACAUUUGUAAGACAUUUUAAUAACAUGUUACUACUAAUUCUAUUUUUACUAAUUUAGUGUAAUUGUGUUUAUAAAUUUUAGGAUUCUGAAGAUUUAUUUUCACUUUAUUUUUUCCUUCGUUUGUUUUCAAAAGUGCUGUAUCCCAAACACAAACACUUUAUUACAGUAUUGUAGCAAGAUAUAAGUUAAAUGCUUUACUAAUAGUAUUAGUAAAGGUAUCAUUUUUCAAGAACAUCAUGAAUUAUUAAAAUGAACACCUUUGCAGAAGGGCAACAUUAAAAGACCAAAACAAUUUUUUUCUUUCAUUUCUUUCACUUAACUGUUAUUUUUACCCAUGACUUCAAUUAAUAGGCGGGCUUACAAUUAACUACAAGAAUAGGUUAAGAUUAUGAUUAUAAAAUUUAUGUCUAGCUGUACAUACUUCAGGAGUGCAAUUUUCUCCAUUUAAUUGACCCUAUCUUAUACCAAGUUGUAUUAAAAUUAAGCCAAAAUAGUUUUUAAUUAAGCUUCGGAUGAAAAACCUCUAAACCUGUCUGAUAACCCCUCUCCCUAUUUUUAAUCUAAAGUGAUAUUAAUCACAAUUUAUAUCAAUAUUGUACCAUAAUUGAAAGUUAUUGGGAAAACUAAAAUUGGCUUUGACUUUAAUUCUGCAGUAGCCAAAAUUGUACAUUCAGACUAAAAAUAUACAUUUGGUACAGUUAACUAAAUAAAACAACACUAUGGGUAUUUUUAAAACCAAAAAUUUUAUUUUGCUCUUAUUUCCAGUAGGAAAUGCAACAGAAAAAGUAGGCUUAAACUUAAAAACUUGAAGUAAGGUUAGUGGUAAAAAGCAAAAAUUAAAAUUUACUUUGAAGGUUUUUUUUCUUCUUUUUUCUUUAAAAAAGAUGGACAAUUUCUUGUCAGUGAUAGAAAUCUAAAAAAUUGAUCUGAAUUUCACAAAAAAUAUAGUACCGAUUAUUUCAAAAAAAAAAAACCAUGGUCAAUGAGAAUGUUUGAAAAAUAGCUAACUAAAAGGCCUAUAGAUAAACUUAGCCCUUUAGCUGCCACCACGAAGACGUAAUACUAAAUGCAGAGUAGAUUCUUUCUGGAUGUUGUAGUCUGAUAGGGUGCGACCAUCUUCAAGUUGUUUACCAGCAAAGAUUAGACGUUGCUGAUCUGGUGGGAUUCCCUCCUUGUCUUGAAUUUUAGCUUUAACAUUUUCAAUGGUGUCUGAGGGCUCGACCUCAAGGGUGAUGGUUUUACCAGUCAGUGUUUUAACAAAGAUCUGCAUGCCUCCUCUCAGACGAAGCACCAAAUGGAGAGUAGACUCUUUCUGGAUAUUGUAGUCUGACAGGGUACGACCAUCUUCAAGUUGUUUACCAGCAAAGAUUAGACGUUGCUGAUCUGGUGGGAUUCCCUCCUUGUCUUGAAUUUUAGCUUUAACAUUUUCAAUGGUGUCUGAGGGCUCCACCUCAAGGGUGAUGGUUUUACCAGUCAGUGUUUUAACAAAGAUCUGCAUGCCUCCUCUCAGACGAAGAACCAAAUGGAGAGUAGACUCUUUCUGGAUGUUGUAGUCUGACAGGGUGCGACCAUCUUCAAGUUGUUUACCAGCAAAGAUUAGACGUUGCUGAUCUGGUGG